AUGUCUUUGCUUACCUGUCAGGAAAGCAGGAGUUACUGCCACCACAUUGUGAAGGCAGGAGAUGAAUUGAAUUUCUACCAGUGUUUUGAAAAUCUCAACUGCAUGUUGGCCACUAUCAAGUCUGCAACUGAAGAACUGGAAAUCAUGAUGGAGAUGCAAGAUCCCAAUGAAUGGCCUACUUACCUUUCUAUGUGUUUGCCAACAGUGCUGCUGGCACCACCAACACCAUCAACCAUUGAAACACUUGACAACAUUCUUGAGGUUUUACCACAUCCCACAGCAACAGAGAGCCAAGUUGGGGUUGAUCAGAUGCAACAAGAAACAUUUUGGGUCAGGGACAGAAUCCCAACUUGUUGCAUGGUGGAAGAGAAUCAGGUACUCAGUGAACCAAAAAGAAUGAAUGGAAAUCAGCAUGAGCCCAUCACCAGGGUAUUUAAAUAUUGGGUGGAUGAAGAGAACAAAGCACUCCUUGAAUAUGGCAAGCUGCACAAAUCAAAAUCUGUUGUCUGGAAAGGAAAAAGUUGGACAGCUGAAGAAAACAAAAAGCUCCUUGAACUGAGAGAGGCAUAUCCUGACAAAGACUGGUGUGAUAUUUUGGAACACUUUCACAUUCAAAGUCUUUCUGCUUGCAAGGUCCAUUAUGAAUGGAUCAUCAAGAGGAGAUGA